AUGGAAUGUAGAAAAUGCAGAGUGGAAAAAGAUGCAGAUACAUCAUCCAUCCUGAAUGUACCACAAGAAGCAACAUGUCUCCAAAAAUAUGAGGUUGAUAAUACCUGUAGUGAUCUUCAAAUGGGACCUGAGUAUUCCAUUUCAAGCCAGUCAUGUUACUUAGAUGCCUCAUUUUUAAACUUAUCAAAAGAAAACCUAAUUUCAUCAGCCAAAGAAGAAUUUACUUAUGUCCAUAAACAGCAACACAAUACUUCAAGUGCAGUGGAAACUACAAAUGAAAUAAAUAUUAAUACAGAGUUCUCAUACUUUAAGAAUGAGAGUGCAAACAAAUGCAAUUAUUUUGAUGAUGACUCUCAGUUAGAAUAUCACAGUGCUGAAGAACAAGAUUAUGUUGAUUGUGUCUGUUCAUAUAGGCAGAAAACAGAAAAUUCAGAAAGUUUUCAAGAAAAGGAAAUGGUAAAUGAAAAUGAUGUUACAGAUCAGCAGCCAUUGGACAAACCUGAAGAUACAUUUUCUACAUCAAAUUGUGUUGUUAAGGAUCAUUACAAUGGCAAUGAAAUAUCAACAUUCUCUCAGAAGUUUAAAGAUGUCAGUUGUACACAGAACCAGCAUAUAACUUUAAGUGAAAAAAGAAAUGAAAGUCUUAGCAUGUUUUAUAGUAUUAUUAAAGAUUCAUCUCAUAUUAAGGUUAAUAAAAAAAACAAUUCAAAAUUGUUUUUAACUAGCAAAGCUGAGAUGGAAGAAAAGAUUAAAGUAAAAUUUCUUAAUGAUACCACACUGAAAUCUAUUACUGAAGAAAUACUUCAGACAAGUGAUUAUCUAAAUAAAACUGGAAAUCCAAAUAUAUUAUGCCAGGAGAGAAGGUUACUACCUUUUCCUCAGAUUUCUCAUAAUACAGAAGAUUCAAAUACAUGUGCCUACAAACCAUCAGUUAUAGUUAAUAAGGAUAUCUACAAUUCCUGUGAACAUUUUGGAAAUUGCAUUGAGAAUUGUUCUAGUUCAGAAUUGAAAUGCAUCGUAAAUACAUACCAUGAAUCUGGUAAAAACCAAAGUACAAUUAACCAGGCUAUUGAUGCAACUGCUGACUUUAGAGCUAGUUUUACAACAAGUCGUGCCAUUAAUGUUAAAAGUCCAGUGGCAUCUAAGGCACAAAACACUGUGAUAACAAUGAUGAGUAAAUGUAGGCCCAGGGAAUGGUUGGCACAAGAUUCAGAAAUACUGCCUGUAAUAGCUGACUGUAGAAGUGUUGCCUGCAAUACAGACUGGUCGUAUAAUAUCUCUGGCAAUGUGGAUAUGAUUGACUCACAAGUAGCAAUAUCUGAUACGUUGGAAGAUUGCAUUACUAGUGAUGCUACAAAACAUGGAUGGAAAUCGAACUCUGAGGAUCCUUUGGAAUGGAGUAAUAUCACUGGAAAAUAUUUGAAUGAAAUUCCAUACAGGAUGAUGCAACUAUCAAAAGAAAUAAGUUGUUUGCCAAACUGUUGUAAAGAAACACUACAGACAGCCAUCAAAGCUGAAACUGAGCUUUUAAACCUUCGUUAUCAGAUGUUUUAUCAGCACUGCUGGCAGACUUGUAGACUUUUUAUGAAAGAAAAGGAAAAUAUAAGCAGUUCACCACUUGGAACCAGAAAAUCGGUGUCAGAAAUGUUAUUGUCACAAGAUAAUGAAGUAUCUUUACUGCACUUAAUUACAUCUCAAAAGAAUGAAAACAGUGAUUCUCAUCUGUGCCUUUCCAAGAUAGAGGAGAAAGAAAACAGUCUUGAAGAGAAAAGUUCUUUAAAUACACAAGAAAUCAGUGAAGAAUGGUUAGAUGCUACAGAGAACCUAACAACACUGGAGUCAUCAGUUUUGUGUGCCAACACGCUAGAGAGGUCUCCAAAAGAAACACAGACAAUAGAAAGGAGGAAAAAAGAGUUGAAAAACAAUUAUUUUGUCUAUGUUGAUGGUCUGAAUUCUUCAGUAUCAGAAGUUGAUCUUUGGAUUCAUUUCCAGAAGUAUAAUGUUUCUGAGGUUUGGGUUUGUGAGUAUUCUAAAAAUUACAGGUAUGCAUCUCUUACUUUUAAAACAGCCUGCGAUGCAAAACUGGCUGUGAAAGAAAUGAAUGGGAGAGAAAUAAAAGGAAAAGCAAUAAAAGUUCAGCUUGAAAGGACAAUUGGAGAAAAAGGAAUCCAAGAGAAUCAAAACUGUAUGAAACAAAAGUUUGAAAAUCAUGAGCCCCUAUCUAAAAAGAGAACCAACUAUCAGAAAAACUCUGAUCUGAUUUUGGAAGCUCCUGCUGUAAUGUCAGCUACACUCAUACUGCCUCCAGAUGAUCCUUUCACUUUAAAAAUGUCCGAUGUCUCCAAAGAUGAUUUGAAGUCGUCAUUGCCUGCUUUGCCAUUAGCAAAUGUUUUCAGACCUGCCUCAGGUUCUUCAGAAGUGCUCCUUUGUGCUUCAGGCUCUUCCAAAGUGCCCAAUUCUGACAUUGUAUUUUCUUCGCCAAAAAAAGCAUCCUUUGAAGUAGAUCAAAAGGAUAUUGCAGACAGCCUCUUGCCAUUUGGCUCAAUACAGUUUACUCCAAAUCCAUCUUCUACUUUUAUAACUCCAAAUACAUUAAACUUAAGAAGUUUCCGCAAAGUAGUAAAGAAACUGGAAGAGUUAUAUCCACAGAUUACUAGAGACAACAUUUUGGCUGCUUUGGUAGAGAUAAAAGAAAACAAGAGUCAACUUAGUGGUUUGCCCUUAAGCACAAUUAUUCAAAUGACAUCAUCUCUCCUGAAUAAAAAAUGGGCAUCACAAUCAGAAAAAAAGGAAUCUGAGAAAUAA